GAAGGAAGCAUCGCAUCGCACUGAACCUGGGGGAUUUCAUACAGUCAACAAUGUCUUGGCUCGCAAGAUCGAUCGCCAACUCACUGAAACUCGACGACGACGGCGACGAGGCCGGCGACGCCAUUACAAAGUCGCCGGCGAUUCCCAAUCCAGAAGGCUCGCCCACGCAUUCGCCGCCGUCGGAGUCAGCAACCCCCACCGGCCGCGGCGUCAAAGAAGACCUAUCGGAGCUCACCAAAACCCUAACCCGCCAGUUCUGGGGCGUCGCCUCCUUCCUUGCCCCGCCUCCGGAGUCGCCUCGGGCUCAGAUCUCCGAUUCGGCCGCUCCAGAGCCGUCGGAUUCGAAAGCUGCCGACGAGGAUGUGAUCGCCGGAAUACGCAGCGACUUCGCGGAGAUCGGCGGGAGAUUCAAGAGCGGGAUAUCGAAGCUGUCGAAUAACAAGGCGGUGUCGGAGUUCACCAAGAUUGCUUCGAAUCUCCUGCAGAUUGGAGAUGAGGAUGAGGCCGAGGCCAGAGCCGCGGUUGGAGUCACCGACGAAGUGCUCGCCUUCGCACGGAACAUCGCUAUGCAUCCAGAGACUUGGCUUGAUUUCCCUCUGCCCGAUGAUAAAGAUUCAGAUGAUUUUGAAUUGUCGGAUGCCCAACAAGAGCAUGCUCUGGCUGUUGAGCGUCUUGCACCGGCGUUAGCUGCUCUCAGGAUUGAACUUUGUCCGGGGCAUAUGAGUGAGAAUCACUUUUGGACGAUUUAUUUUGUGCUCUUGCAUCCUAGACUCAGCAAAAAUGAUGCUCAGCGUUUGUCAACACUGCAAAUUGUUGAAGCUAGAUCGAUGUUGACUCAGGACUUACAGAAUCGAGUUAAGGUAAAGACGGAGCCGGAGUCUUCUGGAAUAAUGGGCACCGUAAAUCCUAGAGGAGUAGCCGAUUCACCAAAACAACUUCUUUCUGUGCCUCCAAGUGCUGAAGCUGACUUUGUGCCUAUUGAGACAGUUAAAACUGUUUCUGAACCUUCAGCUUUGGUAGUUGAUCUCGAGACACAGAAGCACCCUGUACAAAGCACUGAGAUUGAAAUCGUUGACAAGGCUGUUGUUGAGGAAGGAAUAGCAAAUCCACCGAAAUAUCAAGCACCAGUCUCUGGCUCUGCCUCCAAAGAAUUGGAUGGGAAAUUUGAGGAUGAUGGUGAUGAUUGGUUGAAAGAGGACAGUUCGGAGAUGUUGGGUGUGAGUCGAACCUCCAUUCCUAUAGGGGACGAUGAGGAUGUUUCUUUCAGUGAUCUUGAAGAGGAUGACGAAGCAGAGGUGCCCAUCAGCCACAAAAAAACAACAUCUGGUUCCGAUUCAUCAACAAAGGACUCGCGAGAUUGGGUUCGGCUGAGCGGAAGCUCUGCUGGUUCGGAUAAGGAAAUAAACUCCACUGAGAUCAGACAUGCUGGGUCGGAGCAGGUACGUGCGCCUAACGCCGAGACCAAAGAAGCCAAUGAUUGGCUUGAUGUUGAUGACAUUGAUGUCAUGUGAGGGUCCAUAAACACUUUUCUUUUGAAACUAUGCGUUUAAUUUCUAGCAUUCAUGCCCCUGUUGUGAAUAGCUUGUGAAAUUGAAGGUUUCUAUUGUCAAAAGUUAAAAAAGACUUUAGAAACUCUUAUGGUAAUAUGAUUGUACAUAAAGUCACUGUACCAGAUGAUUGUUUCCUGCAUAAUUGAUGUAUUAAGCAUAGUAAAAUACAGCAUCAUUUAAUAAUCUGUGUUUUUUUUUAAUUAAUUAA